AUGGGACAACCAAUCACGCUACCAGUCGGAGUGAAGCAAUCACCGGGUGAACGCACGUUGCUACGCCCAGUCCAGGCUUCCUAUGUACCGCUCUAUGAUGUUAGCAAGGUCGGUGAUUCAAGCGGGAUAGUGGUGACUCCUAGUAGUGUUGAAGAUUCAAAAGAUGCUAUGGAUAAAAUCAUCGAGUUUAGUGCGUCAUUGUGCAAUUUGCCAAAAGAGACUCAAGUGGUUAAGCAAUUACAAACGUGUAGUCCAGAGCAGCAAAUGAAGGAAAUUAUGAGCUCCGUGGACUCCGUGGAUGAGUUAUUCCAGCACAUUUCCCAGCUCGCUGGUCUACCAAUACAAGUUGGACAUGAUUCUAUUCGAGAUGACAUUGUCGGGAAAGCAAUACCUGGAGCAUUUAACGCUCGAGUCGCGUGCUACGUGAAGAACUUGCAGAUAUUGUAUCAUCUGACAAAGAAGGAAAAAUACCGGUACGAGCAGCGAUUGCUGGCUGCAAGAGCACGGUCAAUGACCAUGUGCAAAGUUUCGCCGCCACCGCUUCCAUUACCAACACAAAAUUGUAUGACCAUUGGCUGGGACAUGGUCGUAAUGCUACUAAAAGCUACAAGAAAAAGCAACCCAACACAAUAUGAAAACGCACUGCAGAUGGUCAAGGAAAAUUUGAAACCAAUAAAGCCCACCGCCUACUCGGACAGUAUGUAUUUGGCACCAUCCGCAUCAUCCGCCUUCAAUUUGCUGAGUAAGUGCCUGGGUGACCUUGCUCAUCUUGUGACAAAUAGAGCGUCGGAAGGAGAAAUGCGCGCUGAAGCUCUCACGAUCGAAACAUUGGCCGAAGUGGGACUGGCCCGGGGGUCGCUUGCAACUAUGCUCUCCGUAGUACUUUGGUUAAUAAAGCAGCCACCAAAGAGCUCGAUAAAUUUAGAAACUACGAUAGCAAAACUUGCCGAACUCAAAGAACAGCCUAUGUACGGAAAGUGUGACGCUUCUGGAGAACUGUACAGUUGCGGUCAAAAUUCGUAUGGAGAACUAGGAACAGGAGACGAUACUGAGCGACAUCAGCUUACCAGUGUUGCACUUUGUGGAUGGGACGAUAUUUGCCAGGUAGCUAGCGGCAACGAAACAAUGGCGGUUCUUACAAAUGAUGGCUCAGUGCUAACGUGUGGAUUGAAUAAAAACGGUCAAUGCGGCCAUGGACACUUUGAUAAGCGAGUGAUGAUGCUCCGCCCUGUACAGACCCUGCGCUCACAACAAGUGAAGUUUAUUGCUGCGAGCAAUGGAUGCGAGCAUAUAAUCGCACUGACCGAUUUAGGACUUGCCUAUUCGUGGGGAUGCAAUAACCGUGGACAAUUGGGACAUGGAAACUUGGCAACCAAGAUACAUCUCCCAAAGCUUAUUGAGUCGUUGAAAGAUACGAAACUGGGGUACGCUUCAGUAAGUUAUCACCACAGUGCUGUGGUCACGGACUCCGGGAAGCUCUAUACGUUUGGCAUGAAUGAUUGUGGACAACUUGGAUUAGAACACACACAACUUCAGUCGAUACCGCAGCUCGUUAAGAGCCUUAAAGGCAUUGAAGUAUCGAUGGCAGCUUGUGGAUUGUACCAUACACUAGUCUGCACAGCUACAGGCGACUUGUUUGCCUGCGGAAAAAAUGAUUACGGGCAAUUGGGUCUAGCCCACAAUCGUCAGGUCAACGUAUUCUCCCCGGUCGCUCUUACAAAUGAAACCGUAUGUUUUGUUGCGUGUGGGUACUACCACUCUGUGGUUGUUACCACCGAUGGUCAAACUUUUUCAGUUGGUCGUAACGACUAUGGACAGCUAGGAAUCGGAAGCAAGGUGCACCAGAAUGUGCCAAAUGUUGUGGCCUUUUCUGCUGGCACACGAAUGGUACGGGCAACGUGCGGUUGCUACCACACUGUGCUGCUUUCAGAUCAAGGACAGGUAUUUGUUUUUGGACGAAACAACAAAGGGCAGCUUGGGAAUCGAGGUAGCGCUGAUGCGUUGUUGCCUGUUCCUCUAAAAGUUCGCCCGGAGAAAAAUCCCCGUCGCUGUGUGGAUAUUGCUGCUGGGUUUUACACUACGUCGUUAAUCGUGGAACGAAAUCGCGAGAACGAUGAUGGCGAUCUCUUUAUGUUGGACCAAUCUGGUGUCGUGGUCAUUUGCGGUCGUGUUGAUAUUGACCGCUCGGGAGAGAUUGAGGGGCUUAGUAAUUUUGGAUCGAUUUCCACGGUAGGCGUGUCUCUUUUCGAAGGUACAUGGUUUUACGAGGUUGAGGUCGUCACUAGCGGUUUAAUCCAAGUUGGAUGGAUCGAUGGCUACUUCCAGGGAAACUCAGACAAGGGAAAAGGAGUUGGCGAUCAUGCUCACUCAUGGUCUUAUGAUGGUCAUCGUCAGCGGCGCUGGAAUAGUGAAUCAUCUUCGUAUGGAGAGAAAUGGAGAGUUGGUGAUAUCAUCGGUUGCCUGCUGGACCUGACUACACAAACAAUGACAUAUUUUCGAAACGGAGUCAACCUGGGCGUGGCAUACUCUGAACUUAAGUACUCAGCGGAUGACAGGCGUUCAGGUAUGAUGCCUGGCAUUAGUCUUGAACGAGGCGAAAUCAUCCGCAUUAACCUGGGACAUCAAGCUUUUGCGUAUCCUCCAGCGACUGGCUAUGACUUAAAAAGUAUUUCCCGUGCCAUCGCAGUACCCUCCACUAGCGUAGUAAUUCAUUCACCAGGGGAUCAAUUAGAUGGUUUAUCACCGCAUCCCUUACCAGCUGAAGGAUCCGCAUCAGCUUUAGUUGGCAAUCGACUAUUUGUUGUUGGUGGAAUGCUUAGUGAAGGAUCGUCCUUUUCUCAACGUACCGAAGUAACAAAUCAAGUGUGGGUGUACGAUGUUGAUGCAAAAAUUUGGGAGAGAUGGGCUGACUUUCCAAUAGGAAUUUGCAACCAUCAAGUUGUGGCAAUCGAUGACUACCACAUUCUAGUCCUUGGUGGUGAGAGUACCUGUGCGACAUCUCGGCACAUGGACUUGUAUAAGUGCUCAACGUUAAGAGACGUAGACGGCUCACUUCCAGCAUGGAACUUGAUUCAAGCUUCUAUUGGCGCAGCGACAUCUAUGCCGCAGGCUCGUGCAUUCCAUACCGUCUCAAAGAUUCACGUUCGCCUUGACACGAUCGUUUUCAUGUAUGGUGGAAAAUCGGUUGAAAACGAGAUUCUUGGAGACUCGUGGUAUUUGUCGCUUGAUAGUUACGCUUGGUCUCGAUUGCCUGGUUCGAUAUCUCUAGAUCCUGGUCCACGAGCUGGGUGUUCUUCUGCUGCCAUAGGGGAGUGUGUAUACAUAUUUGGAGGAAAAGAUCGUGCUGGAAGAUUCAGGUCUGACCUUUGGAAGUAUAGUACGUUUGAUCGUGUGUGGCACUUGUGUUAUGACGACAAUAUUGGAGGAGGCUCAAAGGAUGCAGAAAGUUGUUUACGCGGCUCGAGCAAUAAAUCCCAGCUGAUGCUACCUGAAGGUAGAAUAUGCUAUAGUAUGUGCGCUGACCUUGGAAACAUUUGGAUAUUUGGGGGUAUCAACCAGACAAACACCUACUUGUGCGAUAUUUGGUAUUUUUCCACGACAUCGCAAAAAUGGAAUGACCUUGAAACGACUUUUCAGGAAGAAAUCAACGGAUAUUGCUCAGCGGCAUUGCAUUUACGAACAGGUGCAGUGACGGCGCUGCCCAGCAUCCCUAAUUCCGAGUUACCUGCCCCUCAAUCCGGGAACUUGUUUCUUUUCGGGGGCUGCAUUAACCUGCAAGGAAAAGUGUCUUGCUGUAGCAAAGUUCGCAAGAUGUCUUUUCCAAGCUCAACAGGAAUGUACAGACUACACGUGACCAAAAAUGUGUCGAUGAUUGGUGAUGCGGUCCAUGUGGUGAGCGCUCUUCGCACGAAAGCUGGCAACCGGUCGACUCAACAUUGUGCGGCAGAAGCCUUGGACACUGCAAUUUGUUUGCUUUCUCAUCUGGACCGUUUAGCUGGAAAUAGCGUUCCCGAAGAAGAUGCAGACUCUGUGCAGCUGUCACGGUGCUUGCACCGAUCGCUUUGCAUAGAUCCUAAUGAGGCAACGUUUUCAGCACUGUAUGCACUGUUGGACAAAUUAAUGUCUCGAUUUAUCGAUUUGACCACGUUCGUUGAAGACGAAUCCAACACCACAUCAUCGGCAGUUCACGUGAUGUAUCCGUUGCUCGUAACGAUACGGCUGCUCAAGAUAAAUUUCUAUGAGUUUUCUCGGAGUUGCUUGGACGGUUCAGCAAUUGGACUAACAUCUGCAUCAUCUCAAUGUGAAGGACAUUUUGAUUUAAUUUGUAAGCUGCUGUUCAUGAUAGUGAAUCAUGAACCGAAACUACCAAUGUCAGGUGAAGUGGUGUGGCUUUAUGAUGCAGUGAAGAACGAAUCUGCAGCGGCAAUCUGCCACGGGUUUUCAGCCCUUUUUCCGUCCCUCUUGGACAGGAUACAAGUCAUGAAUCGGCUGAUGGUAAAAAAACAGAAUUUGGAAGCGAAGUCGACACCAGCGCAGGAGCUAUUAGUUCCGAUGCUUGUCCCCUACUUUACGUCAGCAAAGAUGCUUUUUCAAUUAAUUGGUGACCCCGACGUGCUUGCCAAGGCAAACAGCUCAUCAGAUACGGUAAUUACAGAAAUUGUGAUCGCGUGUAUGGACACAUUGUUGAAUGGGCUGUGGGAGAAGACGAAAAAUGUGAUAGAUUUGUCGCCAGAAGAUUUCACAAAGCUCGUGGAUGACCUCGACGAUAUUGAACGAAAUUACGAAUUCAAGUGCUUCAAUGUCUUGCUGCGCGCAACAAUAUUUUGGUGUUCGCGCUCCACCAAUCGUGGCUGGGUGAUCAUUGAAUCAGCAUGCAUGAAACUGGUUGCAUUCAUAUCACAGUAUCUGGAUCAAUGCCAUGCAAUGCCAUUUGAAAAGAGUCAACAUCUUCUAGUGGCUAUUCAGCACAGUUUUUCAGGCAAGCUACUGCCAUUUGUGCUGCUCAGCAUGUUUUCGCUACCCUCCGUUCAUGACGCACUUCCCGCUUUACUCGAUCCGUUUUGGUCUCAAUUGGAAGCUCUUUCGACAAAACUUCAUACAACGUUUGCGAUCCUCAGCAAGCGUAGUGUGUCGUACUCAUGCAACCCGCGUGUUGAGACACUUAGUACCCUAAAGGUUGAGACUGACUUCGUAGAUACAGCGCUUGCAUCUAUUUCAAUAGAGCUCUCAGCAUAUCUGCAGCAGACUAGUGGAUCUUCCGUCACGUAUAAUCAAAUCCUUAAGCGUUUAUGGGAUAAGAUUAUCAAGUCUAAGGGAUACGCACAUUGGAAAGUAAAGAACUUGGUGGAUGCAGAGAUCCGUCGGAUUGCUAUUCCUGUGGAUCUAGCAAAACUUUUUGGGACUGAAACACUGCUUGUUAAGGUUCAAAAGGCCGGAACAGAAUCUGGUUUAUUGGACUAUGAACCCGGGAAAAUUUCAUUUGCGCCCAGCCGGACUAUCCUCUCGCAGCAUAUAUAUCCCCGUUUGUCUACUCCAGGAAAAGCCGAGACUGAUAUGGGACCUUCUUCAGCACCUCAAUCUUUGGCAAUGACUCAUUCUUCAGUCGUAUGGUGCCCUGGAGAAACCAUUGCAAAGAGCCACGAGUGGCUUAAGGACCUCCAAAACAUAAUAGCUUGGGUCGGAAGUCACUACGCCACGAAUUUGGUAAUUGGUGGUUCGCUGAAUACCGGAGUCGCUGUGAGCGAGAGGUGGUUGCAGUCGACACUUUUCCGGGGCGGGCUGGAAGAAGCAUGGCCCGAAGCUGCGCUGAAAGAUAAUGAGGUUGGUCGAAAUGAAGCGCUGCUGCUUCAAGUGAUAGACAAUGUUGGCAACGGCAAGAAGCUUUUGGAUAAAGUACGUAAUGCGUUAGAUCCUGAAUCGGGUCGAGGGAACGAAAAUCUACAGUUUCGAGCUGUAAGAUUGAAACGGAAAGACAGUGUAGAGGCGAUACUCGAAAAAAGUGAUGGAAUUGAGGCAGUAAACCGUGCGGUCCGUGCCACAUUUGCUGCUCUUUUGAAGCAUACCCAUGUCUCCUACACAAAUGAACCAAUUUCAAGUAAAGGUGCACUAGCAGAAUCAGUGAUUAAUGCCUGGAAGGCUGCGCUACAGCUACGUCGUUGGAUUGUGAGAGAGCAGCAAAAACUAGCUGCAGCUUUCAGUGAGGCGGGAGCUCCUAGCGGCUUUUCUCCUAAUAUGACGGCAAAGGACCGACAGCAGGUAUUAUAUAAUGCAGUAUGUGAGCCUAUUAUCCGCCGAGCAUUCCUUCUUCUCCAGCUGGCACCUGCGCCAAUUCAAGAUGCCCAAUCGGCCUCCUCUCCUAUAAAGCUUCUCCCCGGAAUCUCGAUGGCAAAAAAUUACGAUUUUUCAAAUGCUUCUCAAGACAAACCUUCUGAAACAACUUUCGAAGAGCACAAGCAAAAGCGUUUUGCACGCCAGUUUGAGAAGCUGAUGGAAACAAAGUCGGUAGAGGUGAUGGAAGAAGAAGACGAACAGAUACAUGCUGAUAUCUUUUCAUUCCUGCAGCAUUCAGAAAAACCUAUGCUACUUUCCAGUCCAGAUAACAAAGCAUCGACUCGCCAUUUUGAUGACCAAAUGCGAGACAUAUUGAUGUUACAUCAGAAUCGAGCAAAAUAUCGCUUACGAGGGCUUACGACGUUUGUCCGUCUACUACAGAAUAUUGAUAAUCUCCCAAUGUCGCGGUUCCACGUCAUUCCCAUGUUGUCUUCUGCUUUUAAGCGCGUUUGUAUAACCGGAGAUAAACGCGUGGAGAAAAUAGCAGCAGAACAAAUGUCAAUCGUUAAAGUGCACUAUCUGACGGAUCUUGAAUUUGCUGGGCCGCAGCUGUUGGAUGCCAUUCGACGAGAAUUUUUUCAAUUGCUGACAUUGCUCCUCAAAACAACAGCAAGCCACUUCCAGCAAGUCCAGAAGCUGAUUGAUACCAGGGUGGACGAUGAAAAGAAUAAGACAAGACCAUCUCCAUCAUCUAUUCAUCUUGCCGUACAUGAUAUGUUACUUGUGCUGGAGACUUGCUGUUUACCGUAUAGGGGGCAAGAUUGGAACCAUCUUCAGUCUACCAAUUUAGUAUCUCUGGUGACAGACUUAACAAGUUGGAAAGGAUGGCAAAGCUUUAUCCAGUACAAUGUAUCCAGGUACUCACCGAUGGAUCGUAGAUGUACCGACACAUAUACCAUACUUCCAGCCGGGACGGGAUUAAAAUGUCCAAAAAUUCUUUGUUCACGGUAUGUGACGAUUGGAUCUGAUCUGCGCAAACUGUCUAUAACUCAUAAGAGCUUUGACGGAAGCGAUGAAAAUCUGCAGGCAUUGGGUAAAUCCCAAAACCGAGGUGGCCUUGCGGUGUUUGACAGAAGUUUCUACAGGGGUCGUUGGUAUUGGGAGGUUUCAGUGCGUCUACUUGGUGAUACUCCUGUAUUUGUUGGCAUCACACCUGGCACAGCAGAUGUUAAUACGUAUGUCUCGGGAGAUUGCAGUCUUUAUGGCGUGCUUCUUUAUCACGAACGCUUUAUGGGAGAUAUUACAACAGGAAUCCGUUGGAAUAAUUUGAAUAUUCUUGGUGUUUUACUAGAUUGUGAGCAAGAGCAAUUGGAAUUUUACAACAACGGGAAUAGGUGUCAUGUGGUCUCUAUAGCUUCAAGCAAUCCAGUUGAAAGCAGUCUUUUUCCUUCAAUUGGUCUCAAGGAUGCUGAUGUGCACUGGCAUCUCGUGCCUUCUAUCCCGCCAAAGUUGUGGUGUGCUGCCUCUAACUUUCGACUGCCCCAAGCAGUUGUUUCUGGAGGGCUUAUAGCAGUUCCUUUUGAUGGAGCAUCGAUCAGUUGGAAUGUUAAUCGUAAAGGAAGUCACCUACAAGUUUUGCCAAAUGGAAUGACGGUGUGUGCCGGUGACUGCAGUUUAUCUCAAGAUCAAUUCGAGACUAUUGCUGCAAGCCAGGGUUUCGAGAAUGAAAGUAUCUUUAUCGAGAUCCGUGUUAUUGCGGCGGGAAAACACGGACGAUCAGCACUCAGUUUUGGUAUAGUUAGCGAUGAUUUCUUAGACUUCGAAGGGCCGCUGCGGGAAAAGCUAGAUGUCACGUGGACGAGCGCGGAGGAGGUUCUACAGUGGGGAACGAUUGGACUCUUGUUUGAUUUUACAGCGGCGACCAUAUCUUUGUAUUCUGACCGCUCAAACCUGGAGGUAUGCCAUUUAAAUAUUGCAAGACUAAACAAGCCUCUGUUUCCUGCAGUGUCAGUACUAUGCAACGGUACUGUGUUUGACGUAAAUUUCCACCCUCGACCUCGUCUUAAAUUACCUUCGCGAGUAUUCUACCCCGCAACAAAGCCCUUGAAUCAUCACAUGUCUUCAUUCAACGAUUCACAACUGGGGAAGAGCUUGCAGCUUCAAGUACAUUCCUGCGAUGGCGGAGAGCUUAGCAGUUCACGUGUCAUGCGUCAUUGUCUCGUGGAUGAUGCAACAGUUUAUAGCUCUUCCAAAGGAGCAAAUGUUAACCUAGUGCUAAAGCAUGAGAUCGAUACUCCUAUGUGCGUAAGCUCCAUCCAGGUAAGAGGUCCUGGGUUAAGUUACUCGAGUCCUCUUCGUUGCGCCAUCAUUUUUAUCACCAGCACUCCUCCUGAUGUAUCGUGCUUCAAGGAAUAUGACGGCAUGACUGCGGAGGAAUUUGCCGCUCUACCAUUUCCUCCCAGCAAUGGGUGCUGCUCUCGCGAUGAAACUGUUCCAGUCGCAUUUUUUGUACUAAACGAUAGCUGCGCUCAGAUUUCAAAGCAGAUUGCCUAUCCAAUUACUGGUCGGUACAUUCUUGUUAAAGCAGUAUGCCCGUCGGCUGGAACAAACAUUGAUAUUGGAUACAUAGGUUUUUCUGGUAUCUUCGAUCGUGACAAUGGGCCUGCGUACAACGAGACCAUGGUAGGCUUUUAUACUUGCGAAGAAUGUAAGAAAGCAUCAAUACGUGGAGUAUUUUACGCACGCAGUGACGAUAGCAGCAUUAAAAUGUGUGCCGCGUGUUACGAUAACAACCGAGGUGACCUGAGCUCUGCAUAUUAUGUAUACACGUCUGAUGAGUCUCACGAUGGCCAUUUGGAAGCAAGUUCAUUGUUGUGCCCUCGACGAAGGUCAUGGAAUGACAAGGUUGCCGCCUUAUGCAACGUCUCUCAGAGGUUGAAACUGCCGAGUACUGUCAGCGAUGAAAACACGUUAGCAACCGCACGAUUACAAACACGGAUUCCCGAAAGGCCAUCUAUUGUGGUCAGUUACGGUAAUUGUGAAUUGUUCUCCUGCGGGCAAAACAAUUACGGAGAACUUUGUCUGGGACACUGUAACUCGACAGGCAAGCUGGAGCGUGUACCCUUAUUCUCUACGAAGGCAAUUCACGAUGUUGCCGGAGGAAAUGAGGUUCUUGCUGUAGUGAUGAAGGACGGAGCUGUUUACACAUGUGGCCUUAACAAGAGUGGCCAAUGUGGCAAUGGUACAUUUGAAGAGCGGGUUGUUAUAGCUACUCCUGUGCAUGCACUAAGAGGAUUCGCCAUUAGUAUGAUUGCUGCAGCAAAUGGUUGCGAGCACAUGUUAGCAGUUUCGUCCGAUGGUGCUGUAUACUCAUGGGGAUACAACGAUUGUGGUCAACUAGGACUUGGCUUGACGGUUGUAAAGAGUCAUACACCGCGCAUGAUUGACAGUUUGCGCGAAAAGUACCACGUAACAACGGCAGCAGUUAGUUACCAUCACAGUGCAGUAGUAACGAGCGCGGGUGAGCUGCUAACGUUUGGUAUGAAUGAUUCUGGGCAACUGGGUCUAGACCACGCGCAACAUCAACACACACCACAAUUGGUACUCUCACUGUCAAAUCAAGUCAUUACGAAGGUUGCGUGCGGGCUCUAUCACACUGUUGCGAUUACUGUUGGCGGAGCAGUAUAUUCGUUUGGAAAAAAUGACUAUGGUCAGUUGGGUCUAGGGCAUGCUCGCGAUACGAAAGUACCAAAUCGGGUGAAGAUGUCACCUGGGGAGAGUGACGAAAAAAUUGUAGCUGUAAGUUGUGGCUACUAUCACACCGUUUCAAUCAGCGAGCAAGGCAAACUUAUCACAUGGGGGCGGAAUGACUAUGGGCAACUGGGAAUUGGAAGCAAGGAUCACAAGUAUAGUGCUCAGUAUGUGCCACUUCCUUUGUCAUCCAGAGUUAAAUCUGUAUCAUGCGGUUGUUAUCAUACACUCAUUCUAUUGUCGAACGGAAGGGUAAUGGCCUUUGGGCGAAAUAACAAGGGUCAGCUCGGGGUAGGAUCAAGAACGCUUUCGUCAGCAGACCUACCUUUAUCGAUUCUUCCAAACUCACUGACAAACGAUGAGGUGGUUUGUAUAGCUGCUGGAUUUUACAGCUCGUACAUCUUGACAGGGAGUACAAGUGAGAGCCAUAGACUUGGUGACACCAUUCAGGCGAAAGAUCGUCCAAAAACUAGUUGUGUUGUUAAUUCGGAUGCCUUUAUCAAGCUAAUGAUGAAGGAGAUUGACUCCAAGCGCAUCAAUUCCCUAGCGACAAAGCGUGAACCACUCCAAAUCAAGCACGCCCAACCCAAUUUGCUGCUGGUCAAGUUGUAUGCUACCGGAUGGGCAAUGACCCGCGCUCUUAUGUACCGAUCUCUACAAGAUGCUAACAAUCGUACUACGAAUCGCUCUGCGGUUUCAAAGAGCCCUGUGAAUCCAGUGCUAUCCUUGUUUCUUAGCUUUUUGUUGGAGAAUUUGGAGUUAUUGCAAGUGAAUUCUUCUAGUAACAUCAGAGCGACGAUGACCUCAAAAGCAAUCCACGAGUUAAAUGCCAUCGUUUCGUGGAAGCGGGUCUGCGUUGGCCUUCUGCAAUAUUUUGGUAUAAAGUAUACUUUACCCGCACCAAUUUCCGGAACACUUGAAGGCAUUACUCUUGACUCGAUACAUGGAUACUUCUACAAGAAUCAGAUUCUAAGCGUUCUUUUAGCGUGCGCCUCUGCAAACACUUGUGUAGGCUCCAUCAUUGCAUCGAACUCGGUGGUGACGGCCCUCAUUAUCAGUGAAAUGAGCUCUUCUGAUUUGGCAUUAGCAACUAUAUCCAUUCGUCUUGCUAUGGUGAUAUUCCCGCAUCAUUCGGUGUCCGCGCUGAACAAAAUUUACCGAUCUCAACAGUCAACUCCAUUUUUCUCUGGAGAUGUUCUCAAUAUGCUGAUGAAACUGGUAGGUAUUCCUCUCCUCCUGCGUCCGCGACUUUGCUCACACGAAUUAGGCUUGGAAUGCACGAGCACUGUUCUAUGCCAUUCAGCACAGUGUCGAAAAGGGGUAACUAUGACCAAUGACGCCGAGAUCGCUCACCUCCAAGAAGUUGUGCUCGAGAAAGCUCAUGUUGCCGAGGCAAAGGCAGCUGAGGUUGUGGCAUUGCUACGGUACCUAACGCUUUAUCCUGCCUGGAAAGUAGCAGUCAAUGGUGCGCUUAAUCGAGCUUUUAGCCAGUCAAAUAAGGUCCAUGUGUUGCUGGAUACUGUCUGCGCAUACUAUAGUAGCGUUCAAAAGAUUGAUGGCAUGGAGUUGCAAACUGCGGUAUUCGAAGAAUUUAGUGGGGAAAAUGAUGCCUCAUCGCUGAGAAAACCCGAGCCAACCACUGCAUUGUCAGAAACGGACGAAUUGAUCAGCAACACAUCCAAUUGCAAUACCCGCACUGAUGACUUGGAAGCAAAGACGCGAGAUAAGCACUCCCUGAUGCUUUGGCGAAAAGCAAGGGUUGCUCUUGACGGGUUAGCAACGGUACUAGCAUCAGUAAGUAUCGUUGGCGGACACGUUGAAGCUUUCAGAGAGGGCGGGUAUGUUACGAUUGAAAAGGAUGGGACUGAGGGCUCGAGUCGAUUGGGCAUGCUCACAGGAAUAACAAGGGAUCCACGCACAGGUGAUUUAUUGGCCCAAGUAGUCUUAGAGUCCAGCUCAGAAGCACCCGUCGUACCAUUUGUCGACGAGAACGCACGAUCUCAGACAUUUGCGCUGGCAAAGCUAGAGGGUGUGGAGCGGAUACCUGCUACUAUCGAUAUGUUCAAUGAUGUUGAAGACAUAAUUGUGACACUAUUGUCGAUGAUUUCUGCAAUCUCUUCUGUGGAGGAAGAGUGUGCCACGUACAAUGACCUCGAUCUGCCUCAGAAUAGCGCUGUACAAGAAGUAUUGCGGAACCGGCUUAAAAUGCUCAAACAGCAAUUACGAUGGCGAUCAUCAAAGGCGUUAUCGUCCUUGUUGAAACAGAUCCCAAAUCUCAGCUCAAAGUUUCUGACGAUGGAUUCACAACUCGUAUCAAGUCUGGUUACGCUUCUGUCGUCGGAAAAUUUGCUGUCGUCGGUAAGCAAGUCCGAAUUGCUGGAACUUGAAAAUGCAAACAUUUUUCAGAAGCGAUGGCUUUGUGUGAAACAAAGACAAAUAUUCCUGGAUACUGAGGAAGUGAUCGAUUCUGCCUUGGACCAUUUGGAAGCCGAAACGCGCGAUGAAGUCAUUCAAAAGUUGGGAAGUGAAAAUGCUUUGAGCUGGGAGAGAAAUGACAUGCAGUCGCCUCGCCUUAACGCGAGCCAUCGUUCGUUUGCAGGUGCUGGCUCUGUGGAUUUUGCCUCAAACGGUUUACGCAUAGCUGGAGAGCAAUCAGAGCAAUUGAGUGAAGGAGACGUACCGUUUGGUGCUUGGGGGAUUUUACUCCCGCUUCCACCGCUAGACGAAAAUGAUCAAGGGCAGGCAGCUGGGUCUUCUGCGCGCUCAGCCGUCAGCUACGCACCUUUUCCGCUCACUGCACCUAUCGUUCGGGUUGGUCGCGCCGCAGACGCAUGCGAUCUCAUUGUAAACGACCGAAGUGUCAGUGGCUCUCACUUCCAUUUGCGGCGAUUAAGGCGCGAGGCUGAGGGACAGGAAGAAGAAUUUGAGCUUCAGGACUUCAGUAAGAACGGAACUAUUGUUGACGGUGUGAGGAUUCAUGGGUCAACAACACGCGUAUCUACGGGAUCUCGUAUCUCGCUAAUAUUGUCCCGAGGAGGUUUGAUAACCUAUGAAUUUCAAAGUCGGGUGUCUAUUGUGGGAAAUCGCCAUGUACCGCCUGCUAUCACCACGGCGCAGCAAAGCCGUGGCGAUCUAAAUAUUUUGAUUCCCGGGCAGGAGUAUCCGCAACCUUACAACAUUACUUCUCAAGCUGUACCAAGGAGUCCAGCAGAGCUGCAGAAUUGCGGAACUCAUGGUGGUUCUGCCUUAUUAGGGGGUCCCAUUGAAAGUCGCAGCCGUCACACCUUAACACAAGGCUUGCGAGUAAUAGCAUCUGUACCAGAAAAUGAAGCUCAAGCAUUGCUCUCACCGAAUCCUGCGGUCGACUCGCCUCGAGCUGGCGGAUAUAAUACUCCUCGCUCCUCUAUGCUUCAGACUCCAGGUACUCCUGCUAUCAGGUCUCCAGCUGCAAACACGUUUUCUACUCUGAUUCCAGAUUCCACCCUUUCUCCUGCAUCGUACCAACAGCGAGAAAGCUUUUCGCCAAACGAAGCUGCGGGCAUAGCAUCGCCUCGCACACAGGACAGGAGCUUUGGGUCAAUGCUUCGUAUUGCAUUAGGUCGCGACAGCGUAAAUCGUGAAUCAUCUGCGCAGCGAUCCAGUAGGAUACCGAACGAAGUUAUGAAGACAAACGUGCGACGUUCGAGCAGUGACAUCAGCUUGUCCUCCUUUUCGAAUGUAUCGCCAAGCCUUCAAGAGAUGAAAUUACUUGCGCUACGCCUUCUUGCGCGCGCCCAAGAAGCAAACUUAUCUGUGAGUCCUGCUGACUGCGAGGAAGCGCUUUGGAUGACAUCGAAUAAUAUGGAUGAGGCAUUGAGGUUGAUUCAAGGGAAGGCCGGAUUUGACACGUGCAAAUAUCCUUUAAGUGUGCGUCACUUGGCAAUGGUUUUAGGAAGGGCGGAGCCAGUAUGCGCGGAGGCAUUACGCCAAACUGAUAAUAAUUAUGCGGAUGCACUGCGCUUACUUUUGUCAAGUGCAAGCAAUGAGCUCGAACGCUUGGUGUUGUCAUCCAAGAGUUGUGAACGCAAGACACCAAGGGAUGAUAUGAUGAGAUCUAGAGUAAGCGCACCUCUGGUUAGCUUGCAAGGUAUCGGUGACGAAAACCCAAGUUAUACUCUAAUGGAGUCGAGCUCAAUGUGUCCUCCUGCAACUCAACCAGUUGCAGCCAGAGCGUAUGGCAGUCCUGCUAAAACGAAGAAGAUGGUAAACAGUGGCAGCGGGGGUCUGGGUAAGCUGCAAACAAAGCCAGAUCUAACGCUUUGGAGCGAGAGCAAUAGUAGCUUUGACGAUGGGAUUCGAAAAAUGAAUGCAGUCGAGAUCGACAUCGAGGAGAGGAUUCUCUGUAAGCGUCUUGCUGCCAUACACGCACGAAAGAGCCUUAACGAGAUCGUGAGGCUAUUCGAAAAUACGUUACAAAGCGACAAGUUGCUUCUCAGUGAACUCAGUGACCCUCUACUGCUUCGUCCGUUGAUUUCGCUUCUGAAGGCACCCGGACAAGCUAGCAAAAGCAAAUUAUGGUGUAAGUCAGAGUACCAGAUACACGGGCAAUUAGGUGUCCAAAAGAGCGGAAAGAUCCAGCUGAUACUGCUACGCAUGAUGCGGAACGUGGUGUCGCACUCUACCUCUCUGACGUUGUCUGAAAAUUUGAGCUCAUUCCAGAACCUUGUCAGUCUGCAGCGAUCAAUUGACCAAGUGACAGAACAUCCAACUAUGGGAGGGUGGACUGGUGUCACUCAGCUUGUUGAAUCUCUCGUUGAAAGUGAACAAACUAGAGAAAGCAACGCUGGAAAAGAAGUCAGUUUUGAGGAUCAACGCAGUACAUUGGAUAAUCUCACGUUUGAAACGAUUUUGCACAUAUUUUCCCGCACGUACGUUGUGCCGGCCGCACCACUGACCCGGGAGAGCUCUCCGCUGCAUUUUCGCGAUAGUGAUGGUUGUUUUUUUAAAGGGCCGAUGGUGCUUUCAUGCGGCCUAGAAGUUGUUGUAGUGGACACGUACGAGAGGUUGUGGAAUAUACCGUCACCUGACCCACUGCUGAAGCACCGUCAUAAAUGGCGAAAACGGUUUGCUACGAGCGACAACAGGUGGAUGAAGUCAACAGCGGAUUAUGCUGUGACUCUUUGGCGUCCAAUAGUACCCCAAGCACUCGAAUGUGCAACUUCAGGUGUCAAAUGGUUUUGCCUUGGUGACGUCGUCAAAUGCGGUAAUGGCGCUCCGGAUGCCCCAAUGCUACUUGUUAGCGACAGAUAUGAUCAAGGAUUGUUGGCACCUCCUGUACGUUUUGAACGAGUAGAUGUUACUGGGAAAGGAUUGCCAAGAAAUUCCAAAAGCGAUUCAGAUUUUCAAUACAAGCAACUAAGGUCAGUUUGGUGGCCUGUUGCGCCGCCUGGGUACGUUGCGCUCGGAAUCGUGGCUGGAACUAAGGAAGACCCAUUUAAGGCUCCAAAAGUCUCGAGCGUACGCUGCUUUCGUAAAGGUAUUGUGAAACGUGUUGAGGCUUUACAUUGCGUGUGGCGCACAUCAUCUCCUGCGUCCACCAGUGGAAGAGGUACAGAACUCACCUCCACCGUUGAGGUUAACAUUGGGGCUCAGGAUGAAAUCCUCGGAGAAAACGACAGUUCGAAGCAAACAUUACAGGCUCGAUGUACGAAGACCCUGCCAGCUGACUCAUCCCAAAUGCACUUGUUGUUGCCUUCUGCCGACGAUGUAGUCGUAAAUACGUCUCUUUGGACAGUAACUUCGGACUUUUGCAAUGGUCUCCUCAUACCCGUGGUUACACUGAACCAUGCUGAAGAGGCUAGCACACCGUUUGCGCUCAAUAUCUCAGAUGACGAUAUCGUUAUGUGCGCGCCAGUUAGCGUAGAAAAUGCGCUUGCCUUUCUCGAGGUAUUGUUGCACCACCAGAUGUUGAGCAAGCAGUCAAAGACGGACAUGAGCUCGGUAGAGCUACGUCCUGAGUUGCCGGCCGCUUUGUUUGCGCUGGUACAGCAACUGCUACGUGAAAACCGUGUGUCAAGUGAAAAAGCUGCCGUAUCAGUUGUGCGAGCGCUAAUUACCGUGGUUCAGCGUGGUGCACACUGGUAUGACAAGCAAUCUCUGCUCUAUUGCCGUUCUAAGAUCAUAACCCUAAGCCAAGACCAGGACAGUGGAUUUACGUUGCACGCCCUAUUACAAGCCUUUGUGGAGUUAAUGCUGGCUGUAGAAGAUCAGCAGCGUAGCUCGCGGGUGCAAGAGCUAGCCGCCUGCCUAGAACGCGACGAUGGUAACUCGCUGAGUUUGCCUUAUCGCUUCCACUUUUCGAAGCAACCGUUCGUGGAGACGGUGGCGAGUCACUCGUCAAAGAUAACAGUGAGUCGAGACCUGUCAUCAGGUGAAGAGCAAAAGUUCUUGCUUGAUUAUCAAGCUGAAGAUGGAAAGAGUGCUGCUGCACGAGAAGCAAUUGCUGUAGAAAGACUUGGUGUUUCCACCGGAGGUGUGUAUUCUUGCCGUUUUGAGCAUACCCCUGCUCUUGUGAUGACGAUGCGGGACGAAAUAAAGGCUGAAAUUGUGUAUUUUGAGGUCACUAUUGUGGAGUGGAGAACUUGUGCCAGUGUAGGGGGCUUGUUCAGUCUGGGGUUUGCGCUGCCAUCAUUCCCGUUGGAACGAGUACUUGUUGGUGGUAGUGCGGACGGCCUGCGGUCUUACUCAUUCACGCCAGAAAAUGGCCAAGUGCUUUGUACGGGAGAUACUGAGGUAGAUUCCUGGCGAUGGGUUGAGCCCGCAGGUGGUGUGACAUCUGGUGAUGUUUUCGGCUGUGGCUUACGCCUGGACACUCAAGAAAUGUUCUUUUGCAAAAAUGGUCAAAUGCUAGGUACUGCUUUCUCAAGCAUUUCGAGUCCUCAGCAGCUACAUCCCACUAUUUCUUUUGAUACGAAGUGUAAAUUGCUGACUAACCUGGGAUCUCUCUCAACAACAUCAGCAAAAGACGCCAAUUUCAGCUUCAGUUUCCACUCGCUUGAUUGUGACAACUUAAUGAGUGCCUUUAAAUGGUUUGAACCACUUAGUCAAGUUUAUGGCGUGAUGAAGUCUCUAAUAGACCCAUGCAGGCCUGACAAGGUGGAUGUUGAUACUGCGCCAACAGAGGAAUCGAGCGAAACGGCUCAGCUGCCGGAUGAGUUCUUACUUUCGGCCGACAAUUUCUUGUCGGAUAUCUCAGAGGAUGUGUGCACCCGCAUAGAGAGCGCACACCCCUAUGAUCUCAACCUGCAAGAGUCUCUCGUUAGCUUUCCAUUAGCUACUAGUAUUUGUCUGCGCUUGGCCGUACAAAGCAAGACGGCAAGUUCUCAUUGCCUGCAAAUAUUACAAGGCGGAAGCACCUCGGCCAGUGGAGGCAGAGCUGAUGGCGUCAUGGGUGGAAGUGGCGAAGCCGAAGUGCAAGCAUUUACAGGUGCUUGUGGAGGGCAGGAGGUCACCAUUGCUGGGAACAGUUUCGUUUGGCGGUUCCCGGUGCAGUCGAACUUUCAAUGCCGUGUGGACCGCAUGCACAAAGGACCAUACCUCAAACUUGAUUCUCGAGACAAACGAUUGUCGCUUGUGCGCGAUAAAGGCUGGCAAGUAGCUAUAGGUGUCGCGCGUUGUGAUAGUGGUGUGUAUAUCUGGGAGGUGCGGAUUAGUUUUGUGACUGCAAGCUCUAAUAUCUUUCUGGGUAUUGCUCGCCGAGACGUUCGCAUGGACUCCUAUUUAGGAAAAGAUAAUCGAGGAUGGGGCUGGAUUGGCAAUCGUGCGCUCUGGCACAAUGGAAGCAAACAAAGGGGUGCUUAUGGUGACAAGUUUAAGACAGGAGACAUCGUUCGACUCACACUGAAUCUGCGUCGUGGCACGCUCAGUUAUGCGCUUAAUGGCAAGGAUUUAGGUGUUGCCUUUGGUCCCGGUGGCACAGGUCCUAAGCUCGAGGGCACGUUCUACCCUGGAUUUGCAUUAUACAAUCAACGGGACUUGAUUGAUCUCAUCGGUGGACACCGGGUCGAAGAUGGAGGACCAGAGCCGGAACUACCGCGAACAGGUAGUGGGCUUGCGAGUGAAGACGACUCGUACUACAGCGAAGAAGAGGAAGACCUCGACCUACAGAGUUUCAGUGAGGAUGAUGUGAGACUUGGUGACGGGGCUAUUCCGAACUUCCGCAUGGAUUUGGCUAUCACGUUGAGUCAAAUGGGAUUUCCUAUGGAAUCGUGUCUUUACGCUUUGCGCCACUGCGAAGACGAUGCUGAGCAGGCUACAGACUACAUUCUCGCCAAUAUGCAUACUAUAGACGCACUUGCUCGCGAAGAAACUGAAGUGGUAGCAUGUUGCGCACGCUAUCGCCAACUACUACAAGAACGAGCUCUAUCUCGUUCCGAAAACCUAGAUGAAGACUUGCUCAACUCAACGCCUGCGCCCUCUCUGUCUCCUGUUGAAGGAGACGUAACCGUCGUCCAAAAUGUAGAGGACGUGACUAGUGUUAAAGUAUCGACGCUUUCCCAAAACCAGUCACACCAGUCACCCCGAAGCAAUGAAUGGGGUAUUGCAUUUACUGCCGUGCCAGAGCUCUCAAUUACCGGACGCCGUCUACUAGCAAACAAGUUCGGUUCCAGACUGCGUCAGCUGCACGCAUCACAACGUCUGUUUACUUUCGAACGUGAUUGUGCUCUUGUCCAACUUGUGAACGAGAUAUGCGAGUCACGUGCCGAGAAGUUGUUGAGCUGCGACCCUCUCCGCAUGAGCCCACAGGAGUUUAUUCCAACAGAAGACCAGAUUCACGCGUUUCCGAUACUACGAGGUAUUCCUCUCAAAGCACUCCAACGCCGCUUUUUGUUGUUGCGCAACUUCAAUUGCCGCUUGCAGACCACCCUUGCUUUCAUUGACUUUUCGGCCCACGAUGAGCAUUCCCUUCUAGCUCGUGGUGCGCGUAAACUCCGAGGCGUGAUAUUCCAGCACGUCAAACUUGCAUGGUGGUUAGGCGUUCUUAAAGAGCAGCAAGCACCAGCUGCGGCUCGUCCAGAAAUCGAGGUUGACCGUCGCCGCGCUCAUGAUGCACUUGAGCUCUCAGAACGUGGUGAUUCACUAGCAAGUGAAGCUGGAGAGCGAGACAGUGUAUUUGCACAAACGUUCAAGCAGCUACAUGGCCUGCAACCAGCAUUGUUGCGAGGAGCUGACCGUGCAUUUAAGUGCCAAUUUAUGGGUGAAUUUGGUGAUGACUUUGGUGGCUUAUACCGGGAAUGUUUGGCGCAACUAAGCUCCGAGCUGCAGACGUUUACACCGUUACUGCCUGUGUUACGACCUUGCCCCAACGCCUUAAUGAGCGCUGGCAAAAACCGUGAGCUUUUCGUACCAAACCCGCAUCUUCGCACAAAGUCACGACGGAUAGAGAUGGCAGAAUUUCUUGGAAAGCUCGCGGGUGUAGCUGUACGGACUAAAACACCGCUAGAUUUAAACCUUCCACCGGCAGUAUGGAAGUUGCUGGUCGGACAACAAGUGACACGUUGCGACAUUGAAGCAAUCAAUGAAGGAUGCUUUCAGGUCGUAGAUACCAUCGCUAACCUUGAUGUCUAUGGUGUCACGGACGCGAUGUUUGAAGAGAUUGUAGACGCAAGUUUCACCGUGUUAUCAAGCGCGCGAGAAACAGUUGAAUUAGUUCCUGGUGGGCGCCACUUACACGUCACAUGGGAUGAUCGUGAGGAAUACGCGCGCGCUGUUGAAACUUAUCGCUUCACGGAGUUUGCACCAGUGUGUGGGGAUAUGAUUCGAGGGUUAGCGACUAUCCUACCGGCGCCUACGCUGGGCCUUUUCUCGUGGCAUGAACUGCGGACUCUUGUAUGCGGUAAGGCAACAGUCGAUAUAGAUAUUCUACGUCGGCGUACGAUAUACGGUGAUGGCUGUCAGGCAACCGACCAACAUAUUGCCUACUUUUGGGACGUCCUCACCGAGUUCAGUAAUGAGCAAAAAUCAUCUUUUCUCCGCUUUGUCUGGGGACGAUCUCGUUUACCUACGCAUGCUGUAGACUUCACACAGAAUUUCAAAAUCUCAGGGCUGCCGAAAUCUCAGGGCCGCGCUGAUAUGUAUCUGCCGAUUGCGCAUACCUGCUUCUUUUCGAUCGACCUGCCUGCUUACUCGUGCCGUCAAGUUAUGCAUGACAAACUUGUGUAUGCCAUCACACAUUGCCAGUCGAUUGAUGCGGACAACACGACUGUAGCUCAACGAGCCGGCCAAGGUGUUAACUGGACCACUGCAGCUUCAUCUACGGCAGCCGCUACAGUCUCGAAUGCUAGUGUCAACAUAUCAAGCAUUACUGGAGAGUGA